AUGAACACUGAAACGUCGACCGCUCCGACGGACAACUACGACACCAACAUCUACUACACGCCGAGUCCACGUGUCACCGCCAACGACAUCACCACUCUGACGACGUUCGCGACGCCAGUGCCGACGGGAUUGGACUAUGCGAACUCUCAAUAUGAUAUCUAUAGUUUUUCCAGAAACCAGCCAGCCGCUUACUACCUCCCCACCUACGGUCAACCCGGCUCCUCCUCCUUCUAUCCAGAUUUCGCUGGAUUCAACGUGGCACGCACUCAAGACUUCACGUCCGCCAUCCCUACAGUAACCGCAGAUAUCAAACCAGUCAUCGUAAAACAGGAAAAGGAUUCAUCAAGAGAGAACUCGAACACUGCCGAGCUCGCGACCCAAGAGGGGGCGGAGUCGCCGGCGAGUACUGUAGGAGCAAGUGGAGCCGGUGGAGUCGGUGUCUCCGCAGCGGGUGGUGGACCACGACGCACAAAAUUCGUUCUUUCAGUGGACCGUCGGAAGGCGGCGACGAUGCGUGAGCGACGACGUCUUCGGAAGGUGAACGAGGCGUUCGAGGUGGUGAAGCAACGGACGUGUCCGAAUCCGAAUCAACGACUUCCGAAAGUGGAGAUUCUGAGGUCGGCGAUCGACUAUAUUAAUACUUUGGAGAGAAUGUUGACACAAGUUGGGAAGACGACGAAAAUUAUGGACAAUAAUCAUCAGAUGCAGUUGAAUCAGCCGAUGAGUGCGGGACCGCCACACGAUUAUAUUACGUCCUCUCACUUCGCCAACGCCAACUACAAUACGGACGGUGGGAAUAUGUACGACGACGAGGAUCUGUCGGAUACCGACGACGAACGCGACCAUCACCACAAGCUCGGAAAUGCGGUCGAUCUACGUCGGCGAAACUCUUUGGACGGAUUGGCUCGGAUAGUCGACAGAAUUCCUCAUCAAGAAACGCUGAACGACGUACGGGAGCAGGUAGCAAGUGAGGAGAAGAAAAUUGAAAAUUUGCUCUGA